AUGUGGAGCAACUUUGAAGCGUCUACGGUAGAGGAUGAGACCAUUUCCAACGCAUUUUCCUCGCGCAGCAUUUUCAAAAUAAGCAGCGAAGAUGGGGUUGCGAAAUAUCCGACUAUUCAAGCCUCUGUGCAAAGUGGCAAAAUGGUGAUAUCGAUUGAUAAGAGUCUGCUGCUCCUCGAGGAUGAGCUGGUGGCCAAGUGCAGUUUUCUCAGUUUUGGCGCACAGAUCGAUGCAAUUGCCAUAUCCAACAGCGGAAACCUGAUUGUGUGCGGCCUAACGGAUGGCGAAGUCCAUGGCGUAUAUAUCAAGGGCUUGUUGCUGUUCAGUGUUUGCAUCAAAAUGGAGGAUGUGAGCAUCAAUAGUGGCACAUUUACAAGCAUACAGCAAUUGGAACAGCACUUUUACUUUACCUGCAAAAAUGGCAGCGUCUAUUGUCUGAGUGAGUUCAACGAAGGCCAGCUGGAAUCACUAUCCAAUGUUACGUUAAAUGAUAACGAAAACAUGGCUGCACUUCUGGAUGAUGUCACCAUUGAGCGCACCUCCGCUGGACGUGCUGUCAACAGUGUGGACAGCGCUCUGCUGCUCAAGCAGCCAACAGGCCUCGGCUAUGUCAUCAACAAUCAGGAGUCGCUAAUUGCUGCUCAUGAUCUGAUUAUAACUGGCGCACAGGGCACACUAAAUUUUAAAAGCGCUUCUAAUGAUGUCACUCGCAUCAAUUUGCCAACGCAUCUGGGCAGCAUAAAGGACACAUACAAUGCGGAGCAUUAUAUCAUUGCCUUGACCCAUUCUGGCCACCUGCUGCAGAUUUGCCCGUUCACGCGAACUGUCAGCUUGAGUCAGUCGACGCUGAAUCGCACGCUGCUCGUCGAGGACAUGCUGGUCAUGGAGUCCAGCGAGGAGCAUGUGGAGCUGUUAAUACUUACCAAGCCCACAGCAGAUGGCGAGCGUUUUAUUAAGAUUGUCGAAUAUCCUUCGCUCAAGUGCAAAAACGAGGUGGAGGUGCCGCUGCACGCCUGGCUCAUACGGCAACCGAAGAGCGCCGUUAAUUUAUAUUAUCUGGCUGCCCGGGCGAUUAGUGAGAGGGAAAUUCCUUCGGAGCUGGAAAUGAUGAUGGUCUCCGAGACGGAUCCCAGUGAUCGUUUAAAGAAACUCAUUGCUAAGGGACGUCUGGAAGAGGCGGAGGACUUUGGCAAACAAUUUGAGCUGUGUUUGCAGCCAAUCUACGAGGCCAGAGCCAAACGUAUUCUCAUCGAGCUGUGCAAUUCGAAUACCCACAAUGCGCAGUCCUCCGAUCUGGAAGAGAAGUUUCAAAUGCUGCUUAAAUUGCUGGGGCAGAUUGAGAGCAAAGCGUUUCUCAAAAAUAAUCGCAUGAUUAAUUUAAGUUCGCGUCAAAUUUUGGAGCGUUACUUAAAGGAAAUACAGAAGAGAUUGGAUUUUGAGGAAGAUGAGCUGCACAUGCUGGAAAUAGAUGAGCAACUGCAUCGCCUUAAAACGUUGGCCAUCAUUGAUCCCUAUGAGUGCAACACCGAGUGGCAAAAGUUCGUGUACAACACGAAUCUAGUGAGGGUGGUCAAGGGCAUGUUUAGCAACGACAUGCCCUCCGCCUGUCUUAUCUGGCGGCGUCACUCGAGUAGCAUUUUGCCGCAUCUCAGCGAGGAUGAAUUGCGCACACUGCUGGGAUUCAUACCCAGCAAUACCGAACCACUAAAUGUGGUGCAGUGGUUGCGCCAAUUCGUGCCCAUGGUCAGCAGUACGCAUCCAACCAUUAUGCCGUUUAUUACCGACUGGAGCAUUGAGAUGACCCGCAAGCUGCAAUAUAGCGAACACUGGCCCGAUAUUGGUCUCGAAUUUGCGAGCAAUAUUUUAGAAAUAUUCGAGGAAGUUCAAUUUAUCUACUCCCAUUUGGGUCGCCAGCAGGAGCGCAACAUUGGCAAGCUGCGCGAUCUGGUCAAUGCUCUGCAGGAUUUAUCAGUAUUAAAAACGAGCUACAAGCUGGUCUUUACACUGGAUAACUAUAUGCAGGACUCCAUAGAUGACAAAGCUUUGCGCAUAUUACAGCGCGUGCAUUUGGAUAAUUUACAGAACCUGGUAAAGGAUUUUCUAUAUCCCAUCUAUAAGGAGAAGGGUCGCCAGCCUUUAAAUGUCAUCAAACAGUAUAUAGCUCAAUUGGUGGGCAAUCGUCAAUCGCUUAGCAAUUGGCUGGAGCGCGCGAUGGCCUGCAUAGAGCUGCUGCACAACGAGGACAGUCGCAUGGAGUGCGCCCUCUCGAUACUACAAAAUGCGCCAGUGCCGUGGCCAGAAACGGUGUCACCGCUUAUUAAACUACGCAAUUCCACCCAUCCGCUGAGCGCGAAGAUCAAUGCUGAAUACGAGAUACAGGUCAUAAAGAUCAUGAAGGUCAAGUAUGGCUGGCCAGCGGAUAGCGCGGCUGACAUCAAUCUGGAGCUAUUUAUGAUGCGCAUUGUUAAGCUAAAUUUGCCGGACAUGCUGGACGAUAUACACACACUGACAAAAGCAGCGCCAGAGAUCUCCACCAGCGCCAAUUUCAAUUGCUGCUAUCAGAUGGCGCGACGUGGUCAAAUUGAGUUAGCCUAUGAGUUCUUCAAGUCGCUAAAAUGCAAAUAUAUUGAAAAACAAGGCAGCGAUGUUGUUGAUAUCCUGGCCAAUCUGCUCGAGAUGAGCUCGGGCUCGUUUGUGAACGAAGCCAAAUUGCAGGAGCACGUUAAUCUGCUGGAGUUAUUCAAGCUGUUGCUGCCGCAUGUGGACUCUGCGUACAGUCAGCGAUAUCUGCUCAUCAAACAUUGCUUUCAAUUGCGCCAAAAGUUCAAUUUGCAGCUAAGCGCCAGCAGUGAUCUGAUAUCGCUGCAAAGACGCCUGGAGCUGCUCGAUGAGGGCAUCGAGCUGAUCAUGUCACGCGCUCAGGCCGCAUUGAAUGUUUGCGCUUUUAUAGUCAGUGAAAUGGCUGAACUAUGCGGCGCACUUGGUCUGCAAAAGGUGCAAGGACUGUUGCGCAUCAGCCAGCGCAUGGGCUGUCUGCCGCUCAGCUGUGCGUUGGCUCAUCACGUACUGGAAUUCAUCGACUGUGUGCCAGAGAACAGCGUUGAGUUUAUCAACUUUGCCAUUGAGCUGCUGGUGCAGCAAAUUAACGAGACCAAGAAUAAUGGUCUUGAGAUGUAUUCUUCGCUGAAGAUGUUGAACGAAAGUGAUCCUUUGAGCUUUCCACUGGCCUACGAGCUGUUAACGGAGGCGCUGUUGCACGAGCGCAGUCGCCAGCGCGAUCUUAAUGAGCUGAUUAAGUAUGUUCGCGUCGCAGUCAUACACUAUCCGAUGGAUGUCAUAGAGACGCACUAUCUGGGCAAGGAGAAGAGCAUAAACGAUCAAAUCUGCCGCGCGCUGGAUGGCGCGCCAAUUGCACUGGGCGAAACAACGCUAAAUUUCUCCACGGCGGUCAAUGAGUCUAUUGAGGUGAAAUUGGCUGUGGAGCACACGACCAAGAAGCGUUACUCCGUGUCUAUGUUCGAUGAUGUCGAUGUGCAGCCACAGAAGCAGCCGCUGCAGAAGAAACGCAUGACUGGUAGUCUGCCCAUUGUCAAGUUCUUGGCGCGCACACUGCUUCUGAUGACCAUUCAGACGAAACAAAAUAAUUCGUUGUUGCUGCAAUUGCAACAGCUGCUGCCGGAGAAUGUCAAGGGCGAUAUUGAUGGCGCUCGUUCCGAUUUCUUUUUGUCGCUGGAACAUUUGACCAAGGCCAAGGAGCACGACGUCUGGUAUAUAAUGUCACAGUAUCUGCUGGAAUAUCAGAAACAGAAUCGCAGCGGGAAGAUCAUUAACGAGGGUUUCAUUACGCUGCAAUUACGCCGCAUCCUGCGCAAUGCCAUGAACAACAAGGAGGCCAACUUAAUUGAGCUUUUCACCAUGCUGGUAGCGGAUACCGAAUCCCGGGCCCUGCUGGACAAGCUGUCCGUGGAGGUGAAAACGGAUCAGCAGAAAAUACAUUUUCUCACGCUCUCCGCCAUGUACAAUGAGCAUAUUGACGAAAUGGAUUAUGUACAAGUAUUGCGUGCCAAACGCAACAAGCUGUAUUACUAUUUGGAGUUCUGCCAACAGGAUCCGAGUAUUAAAGGCAAAUUCAAUGCCGAUGUGGACAACAUUGAUCAGCUGCUAAAGGAAUUUCACAACAAGCGUCUCAACGUGCAGCUGCUGGAACGAAUGAGCACCGAUUUUGGCUUGGAUUAUCAAAAGAUGCUCAUCACACAAAUAUUGAGCAUAUUGAAUGCACAAGAGCUGCGCUAUGAAAUUAAAACGGAUACGUUUGGUGACGAAGAACUGGUCAUGUUAAGCAGCGUGCACGAGAUACGGGAUAUGUGCCAGCCCUAUAUAAAUGAAAUUAAGAAUGAAGAGCUCUUCACUUCCAAGCUGAAGCAGUUCAUUGAGGAGAUCAACAUAUAUUUCUAUGAGCUGUAUCUAUGCGUUAUUGAGAUUCUUAUGUUCUUCGAUGCAGCGCCCAAGCAGAUGGAAACCUGGAUAAAUAUUUUACAUUUCCUGCGCCACAAGAUGAUCAGGCGACGUCGCAAUCGACCUGGUCAACUGGAGACGGACAUGUGGCUGCAGUCGCAAAAGGAGAACGGAGUGCUGCCCAAGAUUGCGCGCUAUCGCCUUCCCUUUAAACCCAUUGUGGAAAAGCCUCUGAAAGACAUUCUCGACAGCGAGCUCAACGUGGACAACUGUCAGAGCUGGUUCCCCCUCAUACUCAUGUGCACUUCGCUUAAGAACUCCAAGGAUAUCUCACAGAAUUGUGACUACUUUUGUAUGGCAGCCGUUAAGAACUCUAUAGCCGAGUACAAAUCGAAAAACGAGUCGGAAUCCUGGAGCUUGCAUCCAACCAAUAAUGCAUUCCUUAAAUCGAUACUCCGUUUGGUUAAAAACGUGCACAGUCCCAGCAAGGUGUUCCUUAUCUUGUAUUUUGUUGCCGGCUAUGCGCCUGAGGGUGCCGAUCAGGUGGAAGCCUCCUAUGAGUGCUGGAAAUAUGCCAAGGACCAUGGCUCGCUUACCAAUGAUCCCAAGUGCCAAGAUCAGUUGGCAAAAAUCAAGCGAAGAUAUCCCAUACAAAAGACACAACAUUUGCUCUACGUUUAUGGCAUGACCGAUGAGAAACUGUUGCGUCUGGUAGAGCAUCCCAUAGAGCUAAUACAUAGCCUAUACCAUCACGAACUGAUACUCAAGUCCAGCAAGGUGGACAUCAAUGCGCUGGUCAAAGAGAUUUGUGCAUUGCACGAGCUCACCCUAAGUAACAUACAGUUUAAGCUGUUGCAGCAUUGGCUGUCCGUCACAAUGGAGACCACAGACGGUACUAUCUUAGAGGAAACUUUCCUUGAAGAUCAGAACUGGCCGGAGCAUGGCAGCAACGGUAAUGGCGAUGAUACCGGCAAUGCUAGCGAAAAUGUUGUGCGCGCAUUUUAUUUACUCAGCAGCUGGCCCAAAUCGGAGGCGGUUCAGUUCCUGGUGGGCCUCAUCUUUAAGGGCGGCCCUGUCAACACCUCCACGCAGCUGCAGAUGUACGAGUGCUACUCUAAACUCAAUGAUGGUAGCAAUUCCUUCAGCAACACCAUUAACCAGCGCGAGUUCAUCACCAUCAAGUGUGUCCACAAAUUGAAGGCUCUCGGCUACAAUUCCAAUAUAGAGAAAUUCGCUGAUGACAACUGCGAUAAGAUUAACAUCUUGAAGAUGGUCUGGCAACGCAAUGCACAGAAUCCACUCUCGCUGGAGGUGAUGGCAGACAUUUGUCUGGGCUUCGAUAUACAUUUGCCCAAGAUCUGGAAUGGUAUACUAAAACGCAUGGUUAUAUUCAAUAUGGUGCGCGAGCUAAACGCAUUGGUCGAUGUACUCAGCUGCAAGCCGCAGCUUUUGCAUUUAGAUGGUCUUGCACUGGCUUGGGACUGUGUGUUGACGCAUCCGCUCAAGAAUGCAGUGCAAACGCGCUCAAUUGUGCUGGAGGAGCGAUUGCAGAAAACACUGCUGCGUCUGCAGGGUUGCCCGGUGGUGGACGCACUGAAUCUAUAUCAGUUUGCCGAGCUCUGCAUGCUCAUCCAUCGUCCACAUAUGGCCGCUACGGUGCUUAUUUACUGUCAAAGCACCGAGCAGCGCGAAAAGAUAAAGAAGCUUAUUACGUCUAGACAUGUGGACAAUUUGCGCCAGCAGAUUCUGGAGCUGGAGGAUGCCGGCUUGAUACCAAUGGUUCUUAACUUUGCACUGAAGGAAUUGAAUCUCUAGUGAAUCAUAUGAAUCAAUCAGUAUAUAUGGAAUGUGAAUUUGUUAAUUUGAAUACAUAUUGAAUACUUUCGUAUUAAGUGUAAUCUUGAGAUUAGAGUAGCAUUAA